GAACGGCUUUCUCCAGCAUUCGACUCCUUCCCUCUCCGCUCCGCCAACACAUAGCCUAGGCUGUAAGCAGCCGAAAACGCCUCUCUCACUCCCCCUCCUCACUUCGAGCUAAGCUCGCUCGCGCGCAGGCGCAGGCGUCGAUCUUCUUCCCCGGGUCCUUUCAGGUUCAGCCGACGGUUUCGGAACGAGGCGGUGCCGGAGCUGAGCAGGAUACUCGCUGCCUGAAUGCUGCGACGUCGGUUCGUCGCCGGCGAUCGGAGCUUCUCUGCUUGUUAGUCGCCGGAGGACAAGACCGCGAUGGCCGAGCCGAAAGUCAAAUAUGAUCGCCAACUCCGGAUCUGGGGUGAGCAAGGCCAGGCUGCUCUUGAGAAAGCGAGUAUAUGUUUGCUCAAUUGUGGUCCUACUGGCUCUGAGACGUUAAAAAAUCUUGUUCUUGGAGGGGUUGGGAGCAUCACUGUGGUUGAUGGAUCAAAAGUUGAAGUCGGGGACCUUGGAAAUAACUUCAUGGUGGAUGAGUCGAGCAUUGGGGAAUCCAAGGCAAAGUGUGUGUGCUCUUUCCUUCAAGAGUUGAAUGAUGCAGUUAAAGCAAAGUUUAUUGAGGAGUAUCCUCAGGUUCUAAUCGAGACAAGCCCUUCAUUCUUCUCUCAGUUUACUUUGGUGGUGGCUACUCAGCUGGUAGAAGACUCUAUGAUCAAGCUCGAUAGAAUUUGUAGAGAGGCAAAUGUGAUGUUGAUAUUUGCUCGUUCCUACGGACUUACGGGGCUUGUGCGGAUCAGUGUAAAGGAGCAUACAAUAAUUGAGUCAAAGCCAGAUCAUUUCCUGGAUGACCUUCGUUUAAAUAAUCCAUGGCCAGAAUUGAAGAGGUUUGCAGAAGGCAUUGAACUGACCACUGCAGAUCCUGUUGCUCACAAGCACAUACCUUAUGUUGUCAUUCUUGUUAAGAUGGCAAAUGAAUGGACAGACUCUCACAAUGGCAGGCUUCCAUCAACUAGAGAAGAGAAGAAAGAAUUUAAGGAGCUUCUGAAAUCCAGGAUGAUUGCAUUUGACGAAGACAACUACAAGGAAGCUAUCGAGGCAUCCUUCAAGGUCUUUUCGCCUCGAGGAAUUAGUCACGAACUGAAGCAGAUUAUAGAUGAUAGUGCUGCAGAACUUCAUCAUAGUUCAUCAGAGUUUUGGGUGAUGGUGGCAGCUUUGAAGGAAUUUAUUGCAAAUGAAGGUGCUGGAGAGGCACCCCUUGAGGGUUCGAUACCAGAUAUGACAUCUUCAACAGAACAUUAUAUAAACCUGCAGAAGAUCUACCAAGCUAAGGCAGAGGCUGACUUUCUUGUUAUGGAGCAACGAGUGAGGAAUCAUUUGAAGAAAAUUGGCAGAGAGACGAAUGCGAUUUCAAAACAAACUAUUCGAAGCUUUUGUAGAAGUGCGCGAAAACUCAAAGUAUGCAGGUAUCGCCUUGUCGAGGAUGAAUUUAAUUCUCCAGUCCUAUCAGAACUUCAGAAGUAUUUAGCAGAUGAAGAAUACAUUGUUGCUGUGGGGUUCUCUAUACUGCUCCGAGCUGUUGACCGGUUUGCUGCUAAUUAUAACAGCUUUCCUGGAGAAUUUGAAGGCGAGAUGGAUGAGGAUAUAUCUCGGUUGAAGACAACAGCAGUCGGUCUUCUCAGCGACUUGGGCUGCAAUGGCCAAACCUUGACUGAGGAUCUUAUUAGUGAAAUGUGCCGGUUUGGCGCUGCAGAGCUCCACGCUGUUGCUGCUUUCAUUGGAGGAGUCGCGUCUCAGGAAGUGAUCAAGCUCAUAACGAAACAAUUUGUUCCCAUGUCUGGGACGUUCAUCUUCAACGGCAUUGACCAGAAGUCUCAAUUGUUGUCCCUAUAGCAACUACAACGGGACUCAAUUUCCUCCGUUUGGGUUGUUGCAGAUCCUCGCUUCUUGAGAAGUGCAUGGCGGAAAUGUCAGGUGGGGCAACAUCCUGCCAAGGAAGAAGUUUCGUGUGAAAGCCCUUAUGGGAUUAUUAGAGGGAACUGUUGCGAGAGGAUUCUUUAGUUUCGUUGUGGAGCUCAUGGUAUCAAAAGAUGUACGAUAGUACGAAACCGAAUUACAGCAACAAAGAGAGAGAUGCC